AUGAAUUUUGUUUUUUUAAUAACUUAUAACAGCGAUAAACGAAGACUAAGUUUCGUAAUUACAACUUGUGUCCGAACUUGUCAGUUAGCUGGAAAGACCUUUACAAGGUCAUUCGCAGCCAAUCGAGUUCGUCGUAUUAGUAGUAUCAUAGGUGACUUCUUUAAAAAACAAAAAAAUAUUGAAUCUAGGAGACGCAGGAACGAAUGUAAAUCAUACUCUGUGAAAUCCUCAUUUUGGUAA